AAGUGAGCCGUCAUCUAACGAGUCUUCUUCCUGCGCUGAUUGUCGAACAUACUCGCUGGCGUAACUGCGCGGCGCUCUCGUCCGUUGGCCGUCGCAACCAUGUCCCUCCUGUCGCCCGACGUGCAUGCAGAGCUCACGCAGCUUUUGCAGGCGCUCCAGGCUUCCGACAAUGGCAUUCGAUCUCAGGCUGAGGAUCAUCUCCAAAACAGCUGGACGAGCUCGCGCCCAGAGGUACUCUUGAUGGGACUCGCGGAGCAGAUACAAGCCGGUGGGGAUAACGCGACUCGGUCGUUUGCUGCUGUCAUAUUCAGGCGGAUCUCUUCGAAAACCCGAAAAACGGACACUGGAAACAACGUCGACAUGUUCUAUUCGCUAGCGAAAGAUCAAGCCAUCGCCAUUCGCCAGAAGCUACUGGAGACACUCGGCUCUGAGACCGAUCGAGCUGUCCGGAACAAAAUCAGUGACGCUGUUGCUGAGGUUGCACGGCAAUAUACAGAUAACAACGAUUCCUGGCCAGAACUUCUGGGAGCGCUGUUCCAGCUGAGCCAGGCAAUGGAAGCCGAAAAGCGCGAGACAGCAUACAGGGUGUUUGCUACGACCCCCGGAAUCAUCGAGAAACAGCAUGAAGAAGCUGUCCUGCAAGCAUUCCAAAGAGGAUUCAAAGACGACGCGGUUCAGGUCAGGUUGGCGGCCAUGGACGCUUUCGCAUCCUUCUUCAGGACGAUCAGCAAGAAAGGACAAUCGAAGUACUACGCUCUCAUCCCCGACGUGCUUAAUAUCCUACCUCCCAUCAAAGACAGCCAGGACUCAGAUGACUUGAGCAAAGCUCUCGUCGCCCUUAUUGACUUGGCCGAGACAGCUCCCAAGAUGUUCAAGCCCCUCUUCCAUAAUCUGGUCCAGUUCAGCAUUUCGGUGGUUCAAGACAAAGAGUUGGAUACGAUUUGCCGGCAGAAUGCGCUGGAGCUCAUGGCGACCUUUGCCGACUACGCCCCGUCAAUGUGCCGGAAGGAUGCGUCUUACACCACGGAUAUGAUCACUCAAUGCCUGAGUUUGAUGACUGAUCUUGGCGAGGACGAUGACGAUGCUACCGAGUGGCUGGCGUCCGACGAUCUCGAAGCAGAUGAGAGUGAUCAGAAUCAUGUUGCUGGAGAGCAGACCAUGGAUCGCCUCGCCAAUAAACUAGGAGGACAGACAAUUCUUGCCCCCACAUUCAACUGGCUUCCACGGAUGAUGACUUCCAUGGCUUGGAGAGAUCGGCAUGCCGCUCUCAUGGCCAUCUCUGCCAUUUCCGAGGGCUGCCGCGAUCUCAUGAUAGGAGAACUUGGCCAAGUUCUCGACUUGGUAAUCCCAGCCCUCCAGGAUCCGCACCCUCGUGUGCGAUGGGCUGGCUGCAACGCCUUAGGGCAAAUGAGUACCGAUUUCGCCCCCAAGAUGCAGACCGAUUUCUACGACCGGAUCCUGAAAGCCAUCAUCCCCGUCCUAAACUCGCCGGAGGCUCGCGUGAAAUCUCACGCGGCUGCAGCUCUGGUCAAUUUCUGCGAGGAAGCAGAAAAAUCCAUCCUGGAACCUUACUUGGACGAGCUUCUAUCUCACUUGUUUCAACUACUCCAGAGUGAGAAGCGAUUUGUACAGGAACAGGCCCUGUCAACGAUCGCAACUAUCGCCGAUGCCGCCGAAGCGGCAUUUGCGAAAUACUACGACACCCUGAUGCCUCUUCUCGUCAACGUCCUUCAGACUCAGAAUGAAAGAGAAUACAGGCUACUACGUGCAAAAGCAAUGGAAUGCGCAACUCUCAUCGCCCUUGCCGUUGGAAAAGAGCGCCUUGGCCAGGAUGCCAUGACUCUUGUGAAUCUGCUGGCACACAUCCAAACGAACAUUACGGACGCAGAUGACCCCCAGGCUCAAUACCUUAUGCAUUGCUGGGGUCGUAUGUGCCGCGUUCUUGGUACUGACUUCAUCCCUUUCUUGCAGAAUGUUAUGCCACCACUUCUCGAGCUUGCCAUGGCCAAGCCCGACAUCCAGCUUCUGGAUGACGAUGAGCAGGCAGAACAAAUGCAAGGAGAGGAGGGAUGGGAAUUCGUACCACUAAAGGGGAAAAUGAUUGGUAUUCGCACUAGCACCAUGGAUGACAAGAAUAUGGCCAUUGAGCUCUUGGUCGUCUAUGCUCAGGUGCUCGAAGGCGCAUUUGCCCCCUACGUUGCGACCAUAAUGGAGAAAAUCGCACUGCCUGGCCUCUCAUUCUUCUUUCACGACCCUGUCCGCUACAUUUCGGCCAAGCUUGUCCCGCAGCUGCUGAGCUCCUACAAGAAGGCGUACGGAAACCCCUCGAACGAACUGACUGGCCUGUGGAACGCAACUGUCGAUAAGCUAUUGGAGGUCCUCACUGCAGAACCCGGGAUUGACACACUCGCGGAAAUGUAUCAGUGUUUCUACGAGUCUGUGCAAGUCCUGGGGAAAGGGUGCCUGACAAUGGAUCACAUGAAUCGCUUCAUCGACUCCGCCCUUUCUGCGCUCGAAGAUUAUAAGGACCGGGUUGCGGAGCGUGCCGAUGCCAAAGAGGGCGCAACUGCUGAUGACUUUGAGGAUGAGGCAGAGGAGACUCUGAUUGCAAUCGAAGACGACCAGACUCUCCUGUCCGACAUGAACAAAGCUUUUCAUUCCAUCUUCAAGAACCAUGGCGUUUCAUUUUUGCCUGCCUGGGAACGUCUUAUGUCGACAUAUGAAGGCUUCCUCGCAUCCUCCGACCCCACUCAGCGACAAUGGGGUCUUUGCAUCAUGGAUGACGUUUUGGAGUACUGUGGCCCGCAGAGUAUUCGAUAUGCAUCCUAUAUCCAGCAGCCUCUCAUUGACGGCUGCCAGGAUGCCUCUGCCGCAAUUCGCCAGGCAGCUGCGUACGGCAUCGGUGUUGCAGCACACAGGGGCGGCGCUGCAUGGUCAGCGUUCCUCGGCGGAUCCGUACCGUUCCUCUUCCAAGUCACACAAGUGCCCGAUGCCCGGAAUGAGGAUAAUGUAUAUGCGACGGAAAAUGCAUCGGCCGCUAUUGCUAAGAUCCUUCAUUACAAUGCGAGCAACGUUGAAGACGUUCCCACCGUGAUCACGCGGUGGAUUGAUACCCUACCAGUCACGAAUGAUGAAGAAGCAGCGCCAUAUGCUUAUGCAUAUUUGGCAGAGCUGAUCGACCAGCAAUAUCCAUCCGUGAUGAACCAGGCCGGCAAGGUUUUUGUAUUUAUUGCGCAAGCCCUGGAGGCCGAAACGCUCCAGGGACAAACUGCCAACCGCGUAGCGGCCGCGGCGAAGAUUCUUUUAACAGCUGCCAACGUAGACCCGAUGCCACUGCUGCAGCAGUUCUCCCCAGAGUCUCAGCGAACGAUUAUGGGAUAUUUCAGCUAG